GUAUCGCCUUUUGAAUUCGUGGAUUGCAACUGAGUGAGGAAAACGUAAACAGCUGUUGUGUUAUGCCUUCAUUCAUUGUAUCGCUGCUAGGGCUGCAAUUUUGAUCUUAAAGCUUUCCUUGGAAAGAUGAUAAUGAAAUGAGUUACCAGUAGAGUGUCCUCAAGAACCCAAAGAUCUGUUGGCCUGACCUGACCCGACCUCACUGACCUGAUCAUGGAGGGGUUGUUUGGACAGAUCCUUAAGGAGGCAACAUCAAACAAGCAUGCAGCUAUACGAGAGGCCGUCAACCAAGCACAAGGGAUAUACAGCCAGGAGUCAGAAGCUUCUACACAUUCACAGAGAGAAGUCUGUAUCGAACCAUUUAAAUUGUGCUUGGAAUCAAAGACUAGCAAGAUUAUUCCCUUGGGAAUCAAUGGACUUCAGAAAGUGGUAACUGAUGAGAGAUUGAAAUGCCGAGAGGGUGAGAUAGAACAUGAAGAUGAUACCAUGCCAAACCAGAUCCUUAGAGCAGUAGCUGUGACUCCAUCAUUGAAUGAGGAGCAUCAAGUAGAGAUCAUGAAGCUUCUAUUGAUGGUAGCCUGCUCUAAUCCAUCUCAUGUAUCUCCGCAGACUGUUAUCAACAUUGCCAAGGCAUGCAUUGAUUGGCCCACUCGUCAUCCCAGUCCAGCUAGUAAUGCUGCUAAAAUCACCCUCACGCAAACCUUGAGCGUGCUAUGUAAAGCGCUAGUUAAAAGCACUAUCAUGUUAGACCAUGGAGAGAUGGCUUCUGAUGGUGAUGAUGAAGACCGACUAUGUGGUGAUAUGGUUGCUGUACUGGGGUUCUUAUGUAACAAGGUCUCAGAAACACACAAAGCUGGAGCCAGCACUCAGAAUCAAACGCAGUUGACCUUUGAACUGGAAGCUAUCUUGGCCAUGCUUACCAACAUGGAGCCCAGCCUGCGAAGCAGUUCAGCAUUCCAGAAAGUUCUUUGGCAAGAGCUUUGCCCCACCCUCAUCGCGAUCCUCGGCAUACCCAAGGACCAGAAAUCCAUCAUCUCUUCUAACCAUCAUCCCGACCCCCACCAUCAUCCUGGUCACCUAGCAACCAAUCAUCAGGAACACGGUAGAGGAUCCAGCAGCGCGGUGUCCGUUCCCGUCUCCUUCCGCUCAGCCAGGCAUGUGAUCUACUGCAUAGCAGGAGAACUGAUCAGACUGGUAGGGUGUGUGGCUUCUAUGAGGCCUGUGAUUGGUUCAUUGCUACAUAGGAUGUUGCUGUUUCCUCCGCCUUUGCAGAGGAACGAGGCCCUCAAGGUGCUUAAAGAGAUACUGUCUUCACCUGGUCGGAUCCUGGACCUAUCUGGACCUGCUAUAGAGGGAGCUGAGAUUACAUGCAUGUCAAACAAGGACCAUAAAGCAGACCUGGACCUCAUCAAAUUACUCAUGGAUGCUAUUUCUGAAGCGUCUGGUUGCCAUGAGGUGUGCGUGUCUAGCAUUGGAUGUGUGGGGGCGCUGUUAGCCUCGCUGGAACAAAUUAGUCAUGGGAAAGGAAUGAGUCAGUGGCAGGCAGAAGAGAUCCUAAGGAGAGCAAAGGAAAAAGAAGAGGAAAACAAGAAAGAAAUGGAACAAGAAGAAGAUGGAGCACCUUGCCUUACACCAGAAAACCUUCAUACCAACUUCCAGCCGGAGCGGAAGAAGACACUCCUUGAACUCGCUGGAGCCUACAGAUCACCUGCGGGAGAUGGGAACCAGACUGUUGAAGAUCUAGAAAGGGGCACAGUGCAGAAUGGAGAUGGAGAAAGGGAAGAAGAUGGUGAUCUACAGGAAGUUGAUCCUAUCACACCAAGAGGAGGGUGUGAUGAUGGGGAUGGAUUGGUAGAAGGAGUGCAGGAAAAGGAGGUCCAGGAGGAGGAGGAGGACAAGGUGGUGGACCAGGAGGAUCCUGUUGCGCUUGCUGCAGCUGCUUUCGCUGCCGAUGAUGAUGCAGAGGAGGAGGUAGUGGAUGAUGGUACCGGUGAUGCAAGCCAGGAUGAGACCAGGAAGGAAGCGGAAGGAAAAGAAGAAGAAGAGAAGGUAAAGGCGAUCGAGACCAGCGAGGUUGUAGAGGAAGGUGAUGGCAAGGAGAUCGAAGAGCCUGAUGAAGAUUUAGGGGAGGACUCACCACUUAUCUCUCAGGGUGAUGAUAUCAAGAAUGGUGUUCAACAUCCUGAAGCGAAUGGAUCAGCUUCAGAGGAUGUGAAGGUAGAUGGAGAGGAUGGAGUAGCUAAAGGAUCAUCUUUACCAGGAAGCCCUUCAGCUGCUGCAGAGAAGGCUGCUCUCCUCAAUGCCAAGAAAGAGAAAGAAGCUGCCCAGGAUUUUGCUGAUGCCCUCCUCUCCAUGUUACCAAGGUUUCUUGCCAUUGAUGAUGUCACUGAUGUUGAUAAGGCUAUUCAGCUGUUUGCAUCGAGAUAUGUAAUUGGGUAUAGCAUGAAGAAGAAUGAAGCAGAAGGUGAUAAAUCUAACAAGUUGAACCUGACUCCAGUCAUCAAUGCCGAUGGUAUCUAUGUCGCUACUUAUGCCUGUCUGCUACUCAACCUCAAGCUUGUGAGAAGUGAUCAUUACCAGAACCCUGCUUCUCUACCUCUGACACAGAAACAAUUCAUUGACAGUGUCCAUUACAGCGGGGUAUUGGUGUACCUGUCGGCCAGUUGGCUGGGUGAGCUUUACAGGAUUAUUAUAACUAGGAACCUCCUGGAAGAAGGAGGCUAUCAACCUUCAAUGGAACACUGUAACCGGGCUCUUAUCUCCAUCCUAACAGAUCUUGAUGGAUUAGGAAGUCAAGAGCUUGGAGGUCAGAUGCUUCAUGAUGCUCCUACAUACAAUCAAGGGAUUAGAACGCUACUAGUCAACAACUCAAAUCUAGAAGGGUCAGCAGGUGAAGUAUUUGCCCGAGAGCUCUUGACAACCUUCUGGCGGAGGAUUCUCUCCAUCCUGUCCAUACCACUCUCCUCCAAGCACACCCUAGUCCAGGGUGGUGGCCUGGCCUUCCUACUGGGGAGUGAAGGAAGCAGCAGUAAGGAACAGAACUCAAGGGAUAAAGAUGCCAUCUGCCUUAGUCUGGAUGGACUUCGGAAGGCAGCAGAACUCAGCUGUACUCUGGGCCUCCAGACACGUUGUGCGGCUGUCUUCGCCCAGCUGAGCGAGGCUUCUUGUGCAAGUGACAAUCCCACUCCUGACACCAAUAGUACAGAGACAUCAUCCAGGAUGGCAAGCCUUAGAGGCAAGCUAGGCAAGGGACAGGGAAUGAGGCUGCAUGCUGCCCAUGUUCUAAGCAUGGAUGCACUGCUCUCUAUGGGACUGGAGAUGGGUAGCCACUCUGCAGAAUGCUGGGGUCAUGUCUUCAGAUGCUGUGCCUUUGUCUCACAACUCGAACACACUCAAUUCAGCAGCACCGAUGCUCAACCCUCAGUCACCCCUUUGCCAAACGUCAAAGAAUCCACUCGGUCAAUCGAACCCCUGGAGGAGGCCAUGUCGGACGAGCUUGAUCUCAUUCCUCCAUACAUGUCGGCCCAUGUCCCUGUAGCCCCUCCCCCAGUCGCCCAAGCCCCGCCUCCAUCAUCAUCGGGGAUCGAUGUGCAGGAGUUCAUCAAGAAGGAGAUGGAAGAGUUAGGGUUUGAGAUUGGGUCUGCCAAGGGAGGACUGCUCAGUGUGGCCAAGGCUGCCAAAGUUGUCUGUGGACUCUCUGCAGGAGUAGACAGGCUCUUUGAUGAUGCUGCAUCUAGUCUCAACCUCCAGGCCUUACUUGGUUUCUUGCGAGAACUACGGCUUGCAUCCCAGGCCCAGCUGUACCGCUGCUCCCAACCCAUCCCAUCUUCCGAGGGCAUCGGUCCCAUGGGGUUGGACACAGCUGGACACCCCCUAGCUGGUGAUCACAGCAUGAUCGCCCCUACAUCGCCCAGUAAGUCACUCCCAACGGUGGGGAAGGCAGAGACUUCAUUGCUGCUGUUCAGGCUAGGGGAUGUGAUUCUCAAGUGUGUGAGGCAUCCUAGUCGGCCCAUGAUCCACAUGAUGCAGGCAUGGAGUCUAGUCGCCCCUCAUCUCAUAGAGGCUGCUUGCCACAAAGAUCGUCAUGUAUCCAAGCGGGCCAUUGACAUCAUCCAUGAUGUCCUUACAGAGGUUAUGAUGUCCAGUCAGGAGUUACCUCACUUCAACUUUCAUGAGGCUCUACUGAAACCCUUCGAGAGUCUUCUUAGGUUGGAACUAUGUGACAGUGAUGUCCAAGAUCAGGUCGUAUCCUCAAUAUGUGAGCUCGUCGAGGGGUCCUUUUCAAACAUCAAGUCUGGCUGGCGUCCUUUGUUCGGGGCUCUACGGGCAGUACGCAUGCAGCCGCAUCAGCACCAUGAAUCCGAUGAUUCACCAGACAGGGCAGAGCAUCCGCUUGCUCCGGUCUGCAACGUCUUUGAAGCAUUCCUCAAUACUGAUAACGUGACUGUCUUUGCCAAUGCUGCCAUUGACUGCAUACUGUGUCUUCUGAAGUUUGUCAGAGGUGGAAGCAAUGCGGGUAUAUCAGAAACCAGCAGUGAGGCCGAUGAAGGUGACAUUGGCACCUCUCCAACCAAGACCUCGUCCCCACGGCAACGACCCCCGAUGACCUACGGUGUCUUUGACCUCUGCUUCCCCGCUCUCAAUUACCUUCAUCGAUGCCACAAGAUUCUUGCCUCUAUUCAUCAGAUGCCAUCUUGCCCUAUGUUCAGGGGAGCGCACUCCAUCAGGCUAGUGGCUAGAGAGAGUUUUCCUCCAGGGGAAUUAUCACCUCAAAGGUCCUUUCCCCUCCCAAGUUCCCCCACAUCCCCAAGGCAUGGAGGGUUGUCCUCCCUGGGUUUAGAUGAUGAACUCUUCCAGCCUAUCGCCAUGGAAUCAGUAGAUGACUACACUGGAAUCAUCCGGGUCUGGUUCCUUUUACUGGAAGGUUUGACUGGAGCAGUGGCUCUCUGUCCUAGAAGAUAUCAACCUCCUACUUUGGAACUACUCUUUGAACUACUUAGAUCUAUGGCAGUACAUCCUGGGCCUAUGUUCGGUGUCUACGCCGUGACCGAGCUCCUCCUGCCCAUGAUGCACUCUUGGGUGCGUCGCAACCGCCACGUCCAUUCCACUUGGGAUGCCACCACGGCCAACUUCAAGCAGGCAUGUGGCCUGGCUACUGACCUGGUGGUAGAACACCUGACCCAAGGAAACACCACAGAGGAUAAAUGUAACUCACAGUCUGAUGGUGAUAGAGAAGGGGACAUCCCACCGCUGCCACCGAUAAAUGGUCGAUGCCUGAUGCUGAAGCAGUUGCUGGAUAUCCUGGUGGAAUGCAUAGGGCAGUCCAAUGAAUCAGUGGCAAGGCUAGGGUGCUCUUGCAUCAGACAUCUGUUGCUGAGUGCUGGUCCCAGUUUCACCCAUGACAUGUGGACGGUGGCAUGUAAUGGCAUGCAACGAGCUGUGGCAACAAGUCUUCGAAGUAUCAGGCAGCUAAUGUCCUGCUUCCAGCCAGGAUCUGAUGAUUUCAUGGGAGAUGUCUGUCCUGUGAAGGUCGCUGCCCGCAAGGAUGUCACAGACAUGGAGUACCUCAGACUGCAGCAACUUGCUCAACAGGUGUUCCUCUUAGAAUGCCAGCGACCAGUUUCCAUGGAUAUGACCUCACAGGAUGACCCAAGGUCAUUCAUAUUUAUCAUCUAUCCUCCUGAUAUGGACCUCACUACCAGCAUUGACCAAAUAAAAUCAAGAGUGUCUUUCCGUGGAAUAGUCCUUGGAUUGUUAGCGCAUCAGUUGCUGAUCCAGACUCUAGGUACUAUCCUCCUCCAUGGAUCAGAGAUUCAAGUCUCUGGUGAACACACUGCAAUCUCCACUACAAGUCUGCCAUCAAAGCUAAGCCCUCAUGAUGGGACAGACUGCCCAACUUCACCCACUACCAACUCCAGUAAGGUACCUCCAUUCGACUCAUCUCUACCCGGUCUCCUUGCGUAUCUCUCACCUCGAAACCUGUCCCUUCUCCUAGAGUGCUUUAUCCAGUCGUACCAGAUUGCUUGCGAGUUCAACAGCAGGCCAGGGUUGAAGUUCCUUCUGCAGAAGGUAGCCAGGUUUGAGGUUGCAGCCAACCUGUACUGGCAAGGUGCAAUGAGCUUCACCUUCUACCUUCACACACUCCUGGAACUCUGCCACCACACACCUCGGAAUAAGAUGGAAGCCUCCCAUAUCAAGGAGAUCAUCAGGGCUUUGUGCCGGAAUGAAGGUACACCUGAACGUACCACAAAAUUUGGAGAAGGGGACACUGCGCCGGAAGAAGAGACAACACCAAGUGCUGCGUCACAAAAUGAUGAUAACUCGCGUCAGCGAUCAGCAACUCUGCAGAGUAGGGAUAGUGUCAGCAGUGUAGACAACUUGCAGCUGAAAUGUGACUUAACCUUUCAUCCGAGUUCUGUUGACGAUCUUGAUUGGCUGAUAAAGCGACUUCAUGGUAUAUGUAACGAUGUCUGUGCCUCUUUCAUCCAGCUGCAUGUUGUCCCUAAUUGUGGUAAGAAUGAUGCCCCUCUAUCUUCAGACAUGGCUCUCUUUUUCUUGGUGGCACCUACUACAUCCCCUGAUGAUAGCCGGGACAGGAUGUUCACCUUUGAACUCGAGGAUGAUCCUCUUUCUGACGGUGACAUCGAUGAUGAUGAGGAGGAUGACAAGGAAAGAGAAGCAAAUGGUGAGCCAAAGCCAAGUAGGCAACACAGAAGCAGUCUUCCAAGAGCCAAAGGUUUCAAAUUCGCAUCUCAUUGGACUCCUAAUGUCAAGUAUGGCUCAGAGGUUAAUGGUGAGGUCAGGGAACAGGAGGUCAAUGUGAUUGAACAGCGCAAGACCAACAGAGAGAAGAUGCUCCGCCAAGGAAGCAGCGGAGAAGAGGAAGGGCAGGUCUACACGGUAGCCACUAAGAAGGCUAUCAAGAGCCUCAUGCAGGAGUACAAGAAGCGUAAACUCCACCACUCCCGCUCUGUCUUCGUCAAGAAGCCCACCUUCAAGGAGCAGAUGUACGGCCGCAUCAAAGCCAAGGAAGCGGCAGCAACGUUGACUCCCGUGGAGCGCCAGCGCCGGAAACAGAUCCAGGAAGAACAGAAGUCAUCCAUCCUGCAAGACAGCGAGGCUCAGAUGCAGACAUGGGGCAACAUGCUAGGCACCAUGUUGAAGCUUCUACAGCUUCUACCUGAUGAACAGUUCAGCGCGUUCCUUCCAGCCAUCUUCCCUUGUAUCAACCAGCUCAUAUGUCAUGUGACCAAUGAUCAAGUUAGGCAAGGGGUCAUGGAGUUCAUGGACAGGGUCGCACGUAUUCAUGGUAUUGCCUGAUUUAAACAUUCCAUUGUACAAUAUGACAAAACGAUAUACAUUACAAUAUCCUCUUUUAGCUACAUGUAUGAAACUACAUGUUUCAUGAUUUUCUAAUCUAUGACAUUUAAUGUUUCCUUUUUCUGAGUUGCUCUGUACUUAGUUUAUCUGAAAGCUAUUUAUUUGGUUUGUAUGUGCUUAGAGUACUAUUAUAUUAGCUGAUAGAAUUCAUCAUUUUUCAUCUUGACAUUAUUUAAUUAUAAAUUAUCCAAUGUUGUUUAUCAUAUUUGUGUUAAUAUUAAGGAGAAAAGUGCAGUAAUAUUGGGUUUAUAAAACUGUAAAAUAGAGUCAUGUAGAGUAAAACAUGCAUUGCAAAUAGGAGCCUUUAUGAUCUUUGGAAUAUCAUGCUUAUUGAAAUCUAAAGGAUUUUAUGGAGAAUUUAUAUUUUAGAAGUUUUAUUUAUUAAGAAGUAUGAUGUUCGAAGUUCCGAUAUUUUUAGCCUUGAAGAAAAGAAACAGUAUUUAAAACUGCUGUGCAAUAUUGAGAUACAUUCCAACAAUCAUUUUAUUUUUCAGCUUUUGAAAUGAACUUAAUGGUCAAGUCCACCUCAGAAAAAUGUUGAUUUGAAUCAA